UUUUGGAAGCCCUUUUUGAGCCGUACCGACAUGAUUCUUCACCCACGCUUUGCGGCGCUCCGAACCAAAACCGCGCUCGGUUUCGUUUGACGCGCUCGGUCGAGUCGUCGAGUCGUCGGCUCUGGCGGCUUCAUCGAAGGACAAAGAUGAGCUGUUUGAAUUCGAUGCCCAUGGAAAAAGAUGAAGAAAGAAACUGAAAUCAGAACAUCUCAGCUUUCAACCCUUUUCUCGGGAGUCAUAUAUGCCCACAUAUGGCCACGGACGACAGCGUCAAGUAUGAGAAGUUGGAGAACCAAUCGGAGAUUUAAAAGAAUGCCCCACCCCCAGCUCCAAACUCCGAACUUGGGAGGAGUUGCAGUUGCUGAUGGGAUGGAUGCAACUGGUGCUGGACCCAUUUUCAAAACUGAUGAACUUGAGGAUCACGUUCCACACCGUUCCACACGACCCCCAGCUGCUCCCAGCUAGGCCACUGAGUCGGACCGGCUCGUCACCCGCACGCGGGCUCGUGCGGUACCGCGUUUGGCUGGUAACCCGCGGCUCCGGUUUGAAGGGCCAGUCUCACUCCGUCGCGAGCGCCUGCCGCGGGCCAUGGAGGAAGCACCGGAGAUCGCGGAGACCACUGCCGGAAGCCCGCAGGGAACCGAGCGGCGUGAAAAGAAGGCCUUGGACUUCUUUGAGGUCUUGGAUCAAAUGCAGGUCCUUCAGUACCGGCUCCGGGAAGCCUAUGAGGCCGAUGUGGCCAGGCCGAGGACAGGUGCCCACCUUCCGCGGCACAUCGCCUUUCAGACGCCGUUGCAUUCACCGGGGCCUUCUCCGGGGCUACAACUUCAACAUCUGCAACAGAUGAGCCAGCUGAGUCAGGUGCAUCCCUCAAGCCCAAAGGGCACCAUCGAGGACCUGAUCAUGCAGAGUCAAGUGAGUCCACAGGGCACGGCCGAAGAGGUUCAUGUCGUUUGCCCACCGCAUGCCCUGAGCUCUCCUGCGUUACUGGCCUUGCCUCCAUCCGGCAGCCCAGAGGAGGAGGGGGGCGUGUCCCAGCGCAUGUCCCACCACUCGAGUAUGGACUCCAAUGCCGCCACACCCCAUAGCACGAAGAUGUCCAACAAACUCAUGAAGAGAGCAAGAGAGGCCACGGAACACAUGGAGGAGGAGCUGGAAGCAGAUUCCUUGGAGUCAGCCCUUCAGCUUCGGGAGGAAUGGGAUCUUCCAGAAGAAAAGCUGAAGGGCCUGAAGCGGCUUCAACGGAGGAUGUCCGUCGGAAGCAUGCAAACGAUCAAGCCGCAGCACCAGAGGCAGUAUUUGCUGAAGACGGAGCAUCUCGAUGCGCCCUGUUGUGUCGCCCAUCCCAAUUCCUGGAUACGAAGUUUUUGGGAUGCCUUGACAAUCAUCGCCAUCCUCUUCGAGAUCAGUGUGGCACCAAUGCUCUUGUAUCGCUUGGAUGACUCCGCUCGCCGUGUGGCAGAUUUGCUACAAUGGAUCACCACCAUCUUUUGGGUCUUCGACGUGCCGGCAACCUUCUUCACGGCAACUUAUGUCAAUGACAUUCUUUGCUUUCGCCUCCCAGAUAUUGCAUCCGCAUAUCUGCGUGGUUGGUUCCUCUUCGACAUGUUCAUGCUCGUGCCCGACCUCAUCGUCCUAUUGGCCCCUGAGAUGGCAGACGGCCCCGCAGGUGUCUUUCGCAUGGCGCGUGCGCGGCGAGUGCUGCGGCUCUUUCGCUUUGUGCAAAUUGUGAGAUUGUGGAAGACGCUUCAAAGCUGGUUGUCGACUUUUGAGACUCGCUUGACCUUCUUGAGAACUCAAUUUGGAUCGGUUGCGCGGCCUGUUUUCUUCAUGGGCCUUCUGAUGGGAGUUGCAGUGCACGUGCUGGGAAGCUUGUGGUUUGCCGCUGGCGACACCCCGAGUGGCUGGGUUCUUGAAGAAGGUCUACAUGAACUACCCAUCACCAGGCAGUACACCAGGAGCUUGGAAUGGGCUUUGUCGAAACUGCCUCCCUCCUCCUUGCGCCUCACCGUGGAGCUCAACACGCCCUUGGAACGCUGGCUGGGCGUUUGUGCUACAUGCCUUGCAUUGGUCUCGGGCUCUGUGUUUGUGAGCUUCAUCACCAACACCAUGGCGAAUGUGGCACGAGAAAGGACGCGCGUGACCAAGAUGAUUGAGUCGGUCCGGAAGUACUGUGCGAUCCACAAUAUCUCGUACAGCUACACCAUGCAGAUGAAGCGCUACGUUCAACAAGAGCAUCGGCGCAAUGAGAUGCAGGGGCACAUGCCUUUUCUGCAAAACCUUCCAGAGGGAAUGAUUCGAGAGCUCUUCCAGGAAGCUCGCAGCCCGAUCCUGCAUCGACAUGCGUUUUUCAGAGAGAUCGGGAAGUCUGAUCCAUCCAUGGAGUUGAACUUAUGCAGUCAGGCUGUCUUUGAGCUUUAUCACUUGCCUGGUGACAUCAUCUUCGACACCACCACCAAGACUUUGGGGAUGUACUUCAUCGCCGCCGGCUUCAGUGUCUACUUCCACUGGUCAGAUUCCGACCAAGUUCUCCAGGUGAAGUCCAACCACAGGAUUGCCGGAGGCAAUCUCUUCGGCAAAUGGCUGGGUGUCCAGCGAGACUCUGAUUCUGCCAUCUCGCAAACCAUGCUGGAAGUCGGAGAGUACGUCGCGGAACCCGCUGUGUGGGUGAACACUUGGCGCCAUCAGGGAAAACUGCAGGCAGUGGUGCAGGCGAGGUCCCUCCUUGUCUCUACAGAGGACCUUUUCAAAGUACUUCAAGGCUAUGCCAAUGCCCUGGCCACGACAGUGGUCUAUGCGCGCUGUUUCGUGAAGGAGUUGAACAGACGAGCUCAUUUGAGUGGACAAGUGACGGAUCUUCCACUGGCCUUCAUGAAGGGUGGUUCAGAGGAGGAUCUCAGCUUUGCAAUGCCACGAGCACCCAAAAUCAAGCAAGUCGUGCCAAGUUGAGCAGAAGGUUACUGUAUACAUCUGCUGAUCGCUCCCCCUCAAGGGGGGUUCGGCUGGCACAAGCGCUUGAUGUUUCACUUCAUGACAUGUCGCGAAAGUUUUGGCGUAGGACUUAGGGCUGGGCGCGAGGUCGUGAUGUCAAAGUGUCACUCGUC